GGCGGUAAUGCGUCUCUGGUGUGUGUUAAGCAACACGGGAACAGCUUGUCGAGACCAUGUGGUUCCUUGCCAUAAUUUAUUCACAGUUUUAACGCAUUUUUACGUUCAUCUCCUAAUAGCGCAUACUUUUUGAAGACCGACGGAUUAAGAUACAUCCGGCACCAAAUUUAUUUAAGUGUAAUAUAGCACAGAAUUGUUUUAAAAAAGAAAAACGAUGGCUGCGCCAGCUCAAGGCGAGGACAGUGACGAUGGCAUGGAUGAAUUCAUGGAGAAGUUUAAAACACAGAAAUACAAAAAUGCGUUUAAUGAAAGCAGCUGGGAGGAGGAGUUUGAUAAGGUGCCCAUGUUCAUGAAGACAGCCCCAGAAAACAUAGAUCCAGAGAAACACCCUGAUCUUGCCUGCAUUCAGUCUAUUAUCCAUGAUGAUGACAGAACACCAGAGGAGAAAGCCAGAAGUCUAAAGGAUGAAGGCAAUGAGUACUUUAAGGAGAAAAAUUAUAAGAAAGCCAUAGUGUCUUACACAGAAGGAUUGAAAAAGAACUGCAUGGAUAUUGAACUCAAUGCGGUUUUGCACACCAACCGUGCAGCUGCACAUUUCCAUUUAGGAAAUAUGCGUUCAGCGUUGAAUGAUGCCACAGCUGCAAAAAAACUGAAGCCAGACCACCAUAAAGCUAUAAUCAGAGGUGCACAGUGCUCAGUGGAGCUGCGUGAUUAUGCAGGAGCCUUGCAGUGGUGUGACGAAGGUCUCCGACUGAUUCCCACUGACAGGAAACUACAGGAGCUGAGAGCCACAGCUGAUAAACAGAAGAGGGAAGCCGACAGAGAUGCCAGGAAGGCAAAAGUCAAAGCGAAAAAGGAGCAGAAUGAGAAGGAAGCAUUGUUAGCUGCCAUUAAGGAGCGUGGCAUUAAACUUCUGAAGACCGAGACUUCUCCACAGGGUUCGGACAGUGAGGAUGAUGAUGGUGCAUCUAGAGCCCUAGCGGAUCUGGAGCUUGAUGGAAUUGGCUCCCAGGAGGCCACUGGAGCUCGUGUUUAUAUGGAUGAGCAGGGGGUCCUUCACUGGCCGGUGCUUUUCCUCUACCCCGAGCACAGCCAGACGGACUUCAUAUCUGCCUUCUGCGAGAACUCCAGCUUCAUGGACCAUUUGGCAGUUAUGUUUGGUGAAGAGCUUCCCCCCUGGGAUUCAGAAAGAAAAUACCAGCCACAAAAUCUACAGCUGUUUUUUGAGGAUCACAAAAAAGGAAGCCUUUAUCAAGUCGAUCUCGAAAAGUCACUUCUUAACGUUCUUCAGCACCAAAGGUGCUCGGUGAAGGCAGGGACACCUAGUUUCAUUGUGCUGGUAUCAGGCUCUCCGUUUUCUAAGCAGUUUUUAUCAGAAAAAAAGGUCCAGAGAUUGAAAUGAUGGUCUGUUUGGACCUUAAAAGACUUGAAACGCCUUGGCUAUAAAUCACCCUCCUGCUAUUAAGGGCAUUUCUGCUCGCCUCACCCUUUGAGAAAACUCUAGAGAUUAAGGCAGAACUUUUGAAGUGGAUUUCCUUUGCAGCAACAUUAAUGAUUCACUUUAAAAGCAUGUACUAUCCCAACCCUCACCCAUUUUGGUGGAGGAAAAAAUUCUUUCAUGUGCAGUUUGAGGUAUGAGUCAUUACAUGUGUAAGAUACACAUAUAAAGCUGAUUAUUUUUAGAUUAGUCAGUAUUUAACUGUGCAUUUUUACUGUUGCUCAUAUUGUUCCAAAUAGUGUUUUUUUUUUUUCAAUGGAACACUCAAGAAAAUAUUAACCAUGGAACAUUUUGACUUCCAUUUGAGUUGACAGAAAAACAAUGAGACACUUCUUAAAAUAUAAGAAAGUCAUACAGUUUUGGAAUGUCAUGAGUAUGAAUAAAUGAUGACAGAAUUCA